AUUGGCAAUUAAUUACCAGGAACUUUUUCUUUGUGUGUGGGUGUGGGGGUUGUAAUAGUUCUCUUGACCUUUUGCUGCAGUCAUGGUAGACUUUCUGCUUGAUUUUCUGCUCCAUUGCAUUCUCCUUGAUUUUGUUGAGAYYUGGCCAUUUCGGAAYUAGGCAUUYGGGGAUGCUUGGAAGGUUGUCUCUGAUGUUUCGACCGAAGAGCAAAUCAGCGGGUGACCUUCCGAUCUCUAAGGGUGUGGCUYUGUAAGMUAAUAGUGCUCUUGCCGGGUCACUUGCUUUCUUCAGAAGGAUUUUGGCUGUCUGUACAGCACGUUCAGCUUGUCCGAUAGACUGAGGAUAACCAGGGYUGCYUGUUUCGUGUUUGAAUUCCCAGUCUUUGGCGAACUUGGCAAAUUCAGCUGAGUCAAACUGGGGCCCGUUGUCGGAUCGCRGCUUCUCAGGUAWGCCGUGGCGUGCAAAGAUUGACUUUAAAGCUCUGAUGGUUUCACUUGAUGAGAGUGAGUUCAGAAGACUGACUUCCCGGUACUUCGAGAAAUAAUCGACCACGAUCAAAUAUGGRCGACCCUUCAGGAAACAUAGRWCUGUUYCAAAGAUCUGCCAUGGUCGAUCAGGCACAGGGUUUUGAGACAGAUAAUUCAUCUUCAACUGCGAUUGUGGAUAAAGACUUCACCAUUGUGAACAAAAGUCUGACGUUCCCUCCUGGGAAGAAUAGGGUGUCACUUCAAAUCAAGAUUAUUCAUGACCGUGUAGCAGAAAGUCCUGAAAUACUGGUACUGCGUAUGAUAAGUCUGGACGAGCAAAUGGUGAUAAUCGGGAAAAAUAACACGGCCAAAGUCAAAAUCCUCGACAAGUUUGAUAACGAAGAAGCAGCAAUACAAAAACAAAAACAAGAACAGAUCGAAGAUGAGAAACGACGUGAUAUCUACACUCUGCUGAUCGUGGCUAUCGUUUUGACUGUUUUGUUGUUUCUUUGUGGAAUCGUUGUUUUUGCUUGUUUCAUCAUCAAAUUAAAACAGGCCUGAGAGAUGACAAUCAAGAAUGAUCMUGCUAUGCCAUUUGCUUGUUUGAAAGUCACAGUUCUGUAUUGCUGAACUACACAAUUAUUUUUGCUUUUGCUUUWGCUUCAACGGGAAAUUUAAAUUCAUAAUUUUUAAGUCGGCAAUGUCUGUCAAGAUGCACUGCAGUACUGCUUAGCACAAGUGACACUAUUUACAAAAUGAGCUGACUUUACUUAGUUGUUCUGCUAUACAGUAUUUCACGUCAACUUUGUGAUUCUUUGGGUUUCGUUGAAAAUAAUCAAAAAUAUUCAUCGUUUUGCUUAACUCGAUAAGACAGCACAACAAAUAUAUUCAUAAGAAUAGGUCACUCUGAAAUUGAGCAAGAGACUGUGGCGAGUUUUGUAUUUUUAUCUCAUUGGCAAAACUUUUUCUAAUCGUAUGAACAUAUGCAAUCUUUUUACAUUUUUGACACUUUUGAAAGCCUGUAAUUCUUUGCAUUGAAACAUGCUCAAAUUUAGCAGACGUACUAAUCUYGAGAUUUUUUCAAGAAUGAWUUUUUUUUYCAAAACUCGCCCUUUUCUAUUUGACGCAYUUUUUAAUAUUGCCGGCUGAUUAAUUGGCCAUUGCUUAUUGCAACUUCAUUUAUUUAGAUUUACUGCUCGAAAUUUUGGAUAUCCCAGUUUCACACACUAARCAUAUUACAAUAUUUUCGACUUAUCUUUAAAGCAUAUAGAUUUUUUUUAGCUUGGGCGUAAUCUUUUCUUUGGUGUGACCACRUGUCAUUCCUCAAGAGGAUCAUGCCACUCUUUGUUUAACGAUUGCGCAUGACAAGAAGUAUCAUUAUGAAUACAACUUAAACAAAGAAUCUUAUUUUCAGGAGAAUGACACGUGGUCUGAAACUGGCAAACAGCACGACCAACACAAAAUAUGGUCUAUGUCUUCGUUAUAUUUCUAAAAGUGGUUACACUUAAUCUGCAAAACAGUAGUGARUUUAUUUUAUACUUAAUAGUAUAAAAUAGUAAAAUGUCUUCUUUUCUCGAAAUUUGUUUUAUUAAGUACUAUUUACUACAACUUAGUGCUAAUUACAUAGUACUGUUUCACAGAUAGUAGUGUUUGCACUAUAGAGUGCCAACAAUAUAUCCGCGAAAUAUUAGUAAUACUAACUUACACUAUUUUAUGCUAAUUCUAUAGUUUUCUUUUGUUUAACUAGCACUAUUUUGAACAACUGAGUAAUUAGUGUUUCACGGAUAUGUUGUUUGCACUCUAGURCCGAAUCAUUUUAUACUGCAUGCGAUAAGAGCAAUCAAUUUAUGCCUAUCGAAAAACUUGUUUUCACUACA